GUGCCUGCGUAUCAAGCGUCAUACGCUGCCUGAGUAUCGUAUAACUCGCGCCUUCCCGCCUGCAAAUAAGUCCCUAUAUAUUUCCAAUUUCUGCUCAUUUCAACAUCCAAAAUUCCGGAGCUGGUCGAGAAAUCCUUCCCUCGGUACUAUCUCAUUAAACCCAAUCCUAUGCAUCUUUCCGAGCUCGAUUCUUCUUUUUCUUCAAAGAUUUCUCAAGAAGCUUGCGAAAUCAAAUAUCUUCCAUGCCGGAAUUUCGCAAUUCUGCCGUAAAAUCUCGAUUUCUCCUCCGGUUUCUCUGCUACCGUAAAAAAAACGAGGAUUUUUCUCGUUGAAUUACAGGAGAUUUCUAAAUCCCCGAUCCUCACCAGCUUGAAGAAAUUCGGGAGUUCGAAGUAUCAAAGUUAGUAGACAUGGCAAGUGUAACAGUCUGUGCUCGCUUCAGACCUUUGAGUUCAAGAGAAAAGAGAGAUCAUGGCGACAGUGUUUGCAUACGGAGCCUAGAUACCGAGUCUUUUGUGUUCAAGGAUGUGAAGGAAGGAGAUUUGACGUUUUGCUUUGAUAGGGUAUUCUAUCAGCACUCUUCUCAAGAUGAUGUAUAUCAAUUUCUAGCUCUGCCUAUAGUUCGGGAUGCCAUUAAUGCAAUAAAUGGAACAAUCAUUACUUAUGGACAGACUGGAGCUGGGAAGACAUACAGCAUGGAGGGCCCAAGUAUGUCGGAGUGUGAUGGACAGAAAAAAGGAAUACUUCCGCGAGUGGUAAAUGGGCUUUUUGACUGCAUAACAUCUGCCAAUGAUGGAUCCAAGUACAUAGUCAAAUUGUCAAUGGUGGAGAUCUAUAUGGAGAAAGUAAGAGACCUUUUUGAUUUAUCAAAAGAUAAUCUACAGAUUAAGGAGGGCAAGACACGAGGAAUAUUCCUUUCGGGAGCAACUGAGAUAUGUAUCAUGGAUGCUGCAGAAGCUUUGCAAAAGCUUUUUGUUGGGGUUGCUAAUAGGGCAGUUGGAGAGACACAAAUGAAUAUGGCCAGCAGCAGAAGUCACUGUGUUUAUAUAUUUUCAGUCCUUCAAGAAUCUACAAACGAUGGAAGGGUGAAAACUGGAAAACUUGUUCUUGUCGACUUGGCUGGCUCUGAGAAAGUCGAGAAAACCUGUGCUGAGGGAAGAGUUCUGGAAGAAGCAAAGACUAUCAAUAAGUCCCUCUCAGCUCUUGGCAACGUAAUUAAUGCUCUGACGAAUGGCAAAAUGAACCACAUUCCAUAUCGUGAUUCGAAGCUUACGCGCAUCCUACAAGAUGCUCUGGGUGGGAACUCUCGAACUGCUGUUCUGUGUUGCUGCUCUCCGAGCUCCUUAAAUGCAUCAGAAAGCCUGUCUACCCUUCGUUUUGGUGCUAGAGCGAAGCAUGUAAGGACGUCACCACGAGUUAGUAGCAAUGAGGAUAAAGGGGAAGUAAAGCUAGUCACCCACUGUCAAACUAAUAAAAGUGAAUCGCGUGACAGACUGUUGGACCAGUUGAGAGCCAGCCUGAACAUUGAAGAUGUGAAGCUGUUGGAGGAGUUGUUUGUUGUGGAAGGCAUUAUCUUCGAUCCCUGCAUGGCAGUAGAAGACUUUGAAUCAGCUUAUGAAGAUGUAACUAGUCGGACAAUUUCAGCAUUACACCAAACUGUGGAAGAGCUUCUAACAACUAUUGAAACGCUCAAGAAAGAGAACCUUGAUCUUAAGGUCAAAGUAGCAGCUUCUGAGAAGUUCCAUUCAUACUUCAAUGCUGCAGAGAGCUUCUGUUAUUCAGCUACGAUUUUGGGUUUUCUUUGGUUCUUCUCUUCAUGGAUUUGGAGUAUCUUUGGACCAGAUGCUACAAGGAAAAGGUUGCUGUGACGUGUAGAUGUUGAACAUAGACCUGUGGUUAGUUGAAUGAUUCAAUAGAGAAAUCAGUUGCUAACUAGAGUCUAA